ACAAGUCUUAUGCGGAUCUCUGGUCAAGCCCGUCCAUGGAUACGUAACUAUGCCAUCACAUCCAACGAGAAGAGAACAGCCAUUGUAACGGGCUCUGCACGUGGAAUCGGCAAAGCCAUUGCUCUCAGACUAGCCAAUGACGGAUACGACGUGUGUAUCAAUGACAUUGCAGCCAACAAAUCCGAAGCCGACAAGGUUGCCCAAGAAAUCCAGAAUAUAGGCCGCAAGUCUUUUGCAUACACAGCCGAUGUAUCCAAUAUGGCCGAGGUACAAGGCUUGGUGCAAGCAUCAGUGUCCGAACUGGGUCCACUCAACACAAUGGUGGCAAAUGCCGGUAUCGCCCAAGUAAAAGCCUUGCUUGACCUGACCGAGCAAGAUCUCAAGCGCAUGUUUGAAGUAAACGUAUACGGUGUAUACAACUGCUACACCACAGCUGCCAAACAAAUGAUCUCCCAAGGAACCGGCGGUAAACUCCUCGGUGCAGCCUCCAUCGUAGCCUUCAAACCCUUUGCUCUUCUCUCCCACUACAGCGCCUCCAAAUUCGCUGUCCGUGGUCUCACCCAAGCUUUUGCCAUGGAAAUGGCCGAGCACAAAAUCACCGUGAAUGCGUAUGCCCCUGGCAUCGUCGGCACCGCCAUGUGGGACUUGAUCGAUGAGAAGUUGGGGGAGAAGACUGGAGCGAAGAAAGGCGACACGAUCAAAAAGUAUACAAACGAGUUGAUAGCCCUGGGUAGGACAAGUGUGCCCGAGGAUGUUAGUAGUACCGUGAGUUUUCUGUGUAGCAAGGACAGCGAUUAUAUGACGGGGCAGACAAUCGUCAUUGAUGGGGGUAUCAUCUUUACAUAGGCUGUCAACACGGCAAUGGUACAACUUAGUGUUGUUGCGGUGCCGUUGUUGCUAGACUACUCUCUUUCCGGAUUCAUGACAAAGCCAGUUCUUCAAAUCUCUCCUAAAAUUCUAUAUAGCUUUC